AUGGACCGUCUCUUCCCUUACGUGCCUACUCGUGGGACCAACAUAUGGAAACAAAUACAGAAAAAAAAACAAAAACAACGAAGAAAGGAUGAGAUUGGAUCCUCAUCCGAAGACGAACUUCUCGCCUCUAGUCAAGAGACGGUAGUGAGUCCUUCAGGUAGUGGGAAUGAAAGACAUAGCACUCUCCUACCCUCAAAAAGCCCGACAAAUACUCCUCAAUCUGACGCCAAGGCUGGCGACAAUUCGAGGAAAAAAAGGCCAAAAAGGAAAAGUCAGAAAGACAUCCUCAAAGCUAGAUAUACCAAGGCUGUUUUCAUUCUCGACAAGAUUGCCAAGAAUGCUGCUAAUGGUACUCCUCAUGAACGCGAUGAAGAUGAUCGCGUCAAAUAUCAAGCUGUGGUGGAUGAGUACCAAAAGUCUUUGGAGACCGCACCCAGCACAUCCAAAAUGGCUGCUGAAAUCGAAAGGUCCAAGCGAAACCGCUCACAGGUUGAGGAUAAUAAAUCGCCGAAAAGGAGGAAGGUAAUAGAAGGCAAAACCACUCCGGGACUUGUAGCCACCACGACAACUGCCAGAAGACCAUUUAACGAAGUGGUGAAGGACCACCUCCUAAUGGCUCUGGUUACUGAAAAAGACGGGGCCAUCAACCCUGUAGUAACAGAAUGGGGUGCCAUUGAGUCUAAAUUAACUGAGCUCAUUAUGGAACACUUGCUCACUAACAAAGACGACAAGGUACCCCGUUUUGACUCCAGUGAGAUUCACCGGGGAUACAGGGUGAUCAAAUGCCUGGACGAAUUCUCAAAGGAGUUCCUCAGCAAGUGCAUCACUAAGAUUAGAGAUGUAUGGGUAGGUUUAAGCCUUAAACUAAUCCCUGCUGAGGAAAUUCCAAUGAGACCUCGUGCAAGAGUUUGGUUACCAAAGAUGAGCGCCGAAGCACCCAAGAUGUUGGAAUGCCUCAAACGGCAGAAUCCCAACAUACACAUGAAUGACUGGGCUAUCAUCCGCACAGAACAAGGCGAAGGGCACACAUGUCUAAUUCUCGCCAUCACAGAAGCUGGCUCCGUUGAGCUGGAGAAGGUGGGCUUUAGGCUGUUCUUUGGGGUGAGGGGCGCCAAAGUAAAGGUGUUCCGGCCGACAAAAUCGGGGAGUGAAGAGACGGAUGAGAUGGAAGCUGCCAACUCUCUGCUCACUGGCAUGAAACUCUCCGAGCCACCUGAUAAACCUGACAAUGGCACUGAAGAUAGUGCAAAUUAA